GCCUUAUACAUGGUUUUAAUGACAAUCAGCAUUGGAGGGCUGAGGAGACCAUAACCCUCAGAGAGUCUGACAUGUGAACCAGAAGAAGACAACAGGAGGACAAACGGACAUCAACAAAGUGUUCUCAGGCUCUUAGAGAAGACAACUGUCUGGUCAGCUAUGAAGAGCAUGGUGUUGAUUCUGUGGACUAUGUGUGUUAGCACAGUUCAUAAUACAUUUGCAUUGGAAAUGCAGACAAUAAACAAAGACCUCUCAUUUCAAAACUUGACAUCAGUUCCCAAGGGGUUAUCUUCCUCCAUCGAGUCUCUAGAUCUCUCCCACAACAGAAUAGAGAGACUGAACAAUGAUGAUUUCUCAGCCUUGUUUAAUCUGAAAUUCCUCAAUAUGUCUUGGAACAUCAUUGAAGUCAUCAAUCCUGAUGCAUUCAAACCAACAUCAAAACUGGAGUACCUUGAUCUUUCACACAACAAGCUUCAGAACCUGUUGGAGCAGGAUUACCUACUCUCCACUCCCAAACUGCUGUUCCUGGACUUGACGUUCAAUAACUUUUCUGUAAUGACUCUUGGACAUAUGUUCCAUUCACUAAAAAAUUUGCAGAACUUGGGGCUCAGUGCCGAAGUGUUAAAGAGUAAGGACUUUCAGAAUAUUAUUGACAUACCGCUACAGAAUAUGUUCUUACAAUUGGAAAAUCUCACCACGUAUGAAGACGGCAGCUUGCGAAACAUCCAAUCCAAGAAACUGGGCAUUGUUGUCUCAAACCGUGACACAGACAAAGCACUGAUUGCUGAUGCUCUGUCCAUAUGUAAUACAGUAGACCUAGCAGGCAUCAACAGUAGCCAAACUUACCUUUCAAGAGUUCUAAGACAACGGCCAAGCAUCAAAACGUCACAUCUUUACCUGACUAACAUUGUGAUGUCUUGGCCCGAGGCUACUGACUUGAUCAAUAUCGUUCUCCAGUCAUCCAUCAAAGAGCUAUAUUUAUGUAGGGUAACCCUUGUCGGCCAAAUCAGUUCGGCCAAGUUAAGCCCUGUGUCUCACCUGCGGUCUUUUAGCGUUAGAGGGGUUACCAUUACUAAUUUCUUUUUCUUCCAAGGUGACAUUUAUAGUUUCUUGAUCGACAUGAAGGUUGAGCGUUUGACCCUUACAGAGACAUCAUUGAUACAAAUGACCUGUCCCAAUGCGCCUAGCCCAAUACAAUUCAUGGACUUCACCGACAAUGCCUUUACCGAAAAUAUUUUUUACACCGGUGGGACAGAAUGUGUGGAACUACAGAAACUUCAGACCUUGAUUUUAAGAGAAAAUCGUGUGCAGAACCUAAAGGAUCUGAGCAAACGACUACAGAACAUGAUCUCACUGCAACACCUGGACAUCAGUUUGAACUCACUGGUGUACUCAGAUGGAUCUGGGAAUUGUAACUGGCCUUCCAGCAUAGUCCAUUUGAAUCUGUCCACCAACACCCUAGGCAAAUCUGUCUUCAGCUGCCUCCCUAUGAACAUAGAAACUCUGGACCUGUCUAACAAUCGGAUCGAUGCCCUCCCAAACAAACUCUUCCAUCUGGACAUGUUGAGGCUCCUGGACCUUAGCUCCAACCAGCUCCUGGAAAUCCCUAGUUGCCAUGGUUUCCCAAACCUGGAGGUGUUCCUUCUAAGAGAAAACGCCCUCUACACUCCAUCCAUGCUCUUCGUGGCCAGCUGCCCGCGCCUGAGAGAAAUGGACGUGGGAGGGAACCCGUUCAUGUGCACCUGUCCCCUGAGGGAGUUUGCAGCCCUGCAGCAACAUUACCCCAUUAAACUCCUCCACUGGCCUCCAGCUUACAGCUGCAGAUAUCCAGAAUACUGGAGGGGUAAGCUCCUCAGGGACUUCCGCUUGCCAGCUAUAUCUUGCAACGGCGGAUUCCUGGCGGCCGCCAUCCUCUGCCCGAUCGUGACUGUUGCCGUCGCCACGUUUGUGCUGUGCAAGAGGUUGGACGUGCCCUGGUACCUGAAAAUGUCCUGCCAGUGGAUGCGGGCGAAACGUCGGGUGAGGCGGCAAGAGGACCUGGAGGGGGUUCACUUUCACGCCUUCGUGUCAUACAGCCAGCACGAUGCCGACUGGGUGAAGGACCACCUCCUGCCGGGCCUCGAGGAGGGUGGGACGCUGCGAAUCUGCCAGCACGAGAGGAACUUUGUCCCGGGUAAGACCAUCGUGGAGAACAUCGUUCAGUCCGUGGAGAGGAGCUACCGCUGCGUCUUCGUGCUGUCCUCACACUUCGUCCGUAGCGGCUGGUGCCACUAUGAGCUGUACUUCGCCCAGCACCAGCGGCUGUCCCGUGGUUAUGAUAGCGUCAUCCUUAUCCUGCGGGAGCCCCUGCCUCAGUACCUCAUCCCCUCCAAGUUCUACCAGCUGAAGGCCAUGAUGGCUCAACGUACUUACCUGGAGUGGCCGCAGGACCCCAACAAGCACAAGCUGUUCUGGGCCCACCUACGGGCUGCCCUUAAUGCCCCCCUGCCUGUGACCCCCAACCAAGACUGGGAGCCUCAGAGAUUGGGGGACCUGUGAUUGUCUGGGUGUGUACACGACCCCUCGAGCUUCUGCUUCAAGAAUGUGACAAAUAAUAAUCAACGAAGCCAAAGUAGUUGCUCAAUUAUUGCAUGUAGAAAUAGGGUCAGUCUUCAGUUGUUAGGCCAACAUCACUCAGCUAAUAGAAGUUCAAUGAGGUCAAACAAACUUUCAUUUCCAAGGAGCUACAAUUGAAAUAAGAGCAGACAGAACCAAAAGGACAGUUUAGACCAAAGAUUUGCAAUGAGCUGCGACUGCAUGGCAACUCCUUGCAAAACGCGCUGUUUGCAACAUUUUAAACUGAACCGUUCACAUCAAAGUGACAAGAAGAGACACUGUUUACGGUUGCCAUCGUUUACAAUUCUUUACGUGCUGAUUGGCAAGGAAAACAACCAUAGCACUGAUGUAUGUUGCAUCCUAAAACUCAUCACUCUAAAAUGGUUUCAUUGUGUAACAAAUCUGGAGUUUGAACUUGCCCCUAGACUUCACCUCCUGCUCUAAAGUUUUCUGUUUUCUAUGUGUUUCUUGAAUUCCAAAUGGGUGGAGCCACCGUGUGUCAGGAGUUAUUCACUGAUCAGGACAUGUCAUUAUAUUUUACUCCAGAGGGCCGUGUUUUUCAUUGCAACUCCACACAUUGCACAAUGAGCUACACUCUUUCAUGCCUAAGGGACAUGCAUUGUCAGAUAAAUUCCAGAACCAAAACUAAUGAUUCUAACCGCUGUUAUUUCUGAGUAUGAUGUGUAUAUGUUCCAUUUCCAGUCCCUCACCUCAAACACACAUUCUCUUUCGCUUGUGGCCUGGUAUACACAGUGUUUCUGUGCAAUUGUGAAACCUUUAUUUCUGAAGUGAGAUUCUCCUGUCUGGUUCCUAAUAUCCUUAGGGCAGUCUCUUUCACAUCGUCAGCACAAACAGAGGUUUCGAGUUCCUCCACAGCUGAAUGUACAGCGCUGUCAGAAUGACUAGCCGCAACUGCAGGGUUAUGCAAAUAUCAAAUGAGCUGAAACUUCAGUGUCACAAACUACAGCAAUGUAGUGAAGCCCUGGUGAAAAUAGAGGCUACAACGAAGGGGCCUGGUUGAAGCCAAUAACAGUUACGCACCACAAGAGGGAAACCUGUCUUCAGUUUAUUGGAGCAAGAGCUCUAACAUACUGGCUCUAGCAGACUGCCUGUGGACUGUGUGGGUUUAGAGUUUGUUCCCAUGCUGUUUGCACAUACAGUGAGAAAGCCCACACUAGGCCAUUACAAGACCCAUUUGUGCCCUGGUUAAGGAGGAUAUUGGAGAGCUGACAAGAGGCAGUACAAUAAUCACUUUUGGUCCCAUUAGGGCCAAAAGCAGGCUACCCAAUUAAAAUGUGGUUCUGGGCCCAUAGUAAAACCACUCCACAAUACAAUAAAAUGUUCAGUGUUCAAUCAGAUCUUCCAGAAUACAUAUGGUUCCUAUUGUACCCAUAUAUAAUCUGAUAGAGUUGAAUUGAAAUGUAAAUACUACAUGAUUAUGCUAUCAUUAUCCAUUAUGAGCUAAAAGGCAAAGCUGAUCCUCGGUUGGUGCUCCUACUCUAUGAUCCUUUACGAAUACAGUCCUUGCUGUGGUGCCAAGCAUAUGAUACUGUAGGCUAACAUCAAUAAGGGUGGAACAAAACCGGCUGCCCACAAAGCCCCGAAGUGUUGCUUCCAUGUAAAACUUUCCAGAUGCCCUGUUGUGAAUAUUUUCUCCCUCCGCUAAAUGAAUGUGGACAUGUUUGUGAAUCAAUGAAUAUGGUUUUCAAUGAAUGUGAUUUAUACAACCUUUGACUUAUGAAUCCAAUGUCAUAGUGGAAUCAAGCACUGUACAUACACUCACUGAGCACUUUAUUAGGAACAGCUACUUAUUCAUGCGAUUAUCUAAUCAGCCAAUCAUGUGGCAGCAGUGCAAUGCAUAAAAUCAUGCAGAUAUGGGUCAGGAGCUUCAGUUAAUGUUCACAUCAACCAUCAGAAUGGGGGGAAAAUGUGAUCUAAUUGACUUUGACUGUGUAACACAACAGUCUCUAGAGUUUGCAUAGAAUGGUGCGUUAAAUGCCUUGUUAAUGAGAGAGGUCUGAGGUGAAGGGCCACACUGAUCAAAGCUCACAGGAAGGUGAAAGUCAAGCAAAUAACCACGCAUUACAAAAGAGGUAUGCAGAACAGCAUCUCUGAAUGCAUCAAACCUCCAUGUAGAUAAGUUACAGCAGCAGAAGCAGCAAAUAAGUUUAAUAAAUACCUAAUAAAAUGCUCAUUGACUGUAUAAAAACAUGCAAUUUAAAAAAUGAUAUACCCCUGCAGUGCAUUGUUUAAUUAAGGUUUAAUUUUAUUUUUAUUAAGGCUUUUAGUAAGGUAUUUAAAGGCAUCUAUGUAAAUUUGUAAAACACACCCUAUAUAGUGGCUGCAUUAAAGAUAUCAACUAUUCUUAUUCACAAAAGUAAUUGCUGUGGGGCUUGUAUUGUUGAUGUGACCACAAUUUCUAUGCAAAUAAGCUAAAAUAAAAUAAAUAAAUAAAAAAUACACACAACAAUGUUAA